UUCCUCCGUAUGUCACUGUUCAUUUGACUUUUGCAUUAAAAAAAUAUCAUAAUGAAUAUUAAAUAUUUUAUUAUUUUUUCAUCCAUGUGUCUAUAUUUUUGUGUGGCAAGUUUUACUAAUGAGCAAUUGGACGAUAUAUAUGAUGCGGUAAAAGAAUAUGCUAUAGCCACAGCCUCACUUCGUGCAAGAUUUUGCUUAAUUCAAAACCGCGUGGAAAUGAAACAAAAAAUACUACAAGAUACUACAUCCUCAGAUGCAGUAAAUUUUGGCUCAAUUAAAAAGCCACUGGAAAUGAAUCAAAAAAUACUAGAAGAUACUACAUCCUCAGAUGCAGUAAAUUUUGGCUCAUUUAAAAAGCCACUGGAAAUGAAUCAAAAAAUACUAGAAGAUACUAAAGCCUCAGAUCCAUUAGUUUUUGGUUUAAUUGAAAAAUAUGAAGAAUCGAAUCACAACCUACUUGAGGCCAAUCAAUCAAUCGAUUUGAUAUUUAACGACUUUCCGGAUAUUCGUUUGCCAAUAGAGGAAUUUAAUGAAAAAAUGAAUAAUAUUAAAGAAUUAUUAAAUAUAUCAAAUUUAACUGAUGAGAUAUUGGACGAAAUUUAUUCUACGUUACGAGAAGAUGCUGCCAACAAUUCAAUACAAUUUUACAUAUUUGAAAAACUUAUUGAAGACCCUGAACGGGUUAUCGGUUUUAAAAUUGAAAAAAUUCCAGAUGGUAUUCAUAUGUCAAAAAAGGAAUUAAAAAAUAUAAUGAAUGCAAAAAUAGAAAAUUUAACUGAUGAGAUAUUGGACGAAAUUUAUUCUACGUUACGAGAAGAUGCUGCCAACAAUUCAAUAAAAUUUUACAUAUUUGAAAAACUUAUUGAAGACCCUGAACGGGUUAUCGGGUUUAAAAUUGAAAAAAUUCCGGAUAUUUAUAUGUCAAAAGAGGAAUUAAAAAAAAUAAUGAAUGCAAAAAUAGAAAAUUUAACUGAAGAGCAUCAUCAAAGAAUUUUUGAAAAAAUAAUACACAGAUCUAAAGGAUGUGUUACCAAGCUUUCAAUACAAGGCUAUUUAUAUACGAAAACCAUAGGAUCGAAUGAUAUACUAUCUAUACAGGAAAUCGAAUAUGGAACUAAAAGUUUGCCAUCGGAUAUUCAUAUGUCAAAAGAGAAAUUUAAAGAAUUAAUGCAAGCAAAAAUAAAAAAUUUAACUAAAGAGCAAAUUGAAAAAAUUUAUGCAGCAGUACAAAAAGAUAAUAAAGGAUGUGUUACUAAGCUCUCAGUAAAAAACUACUUACAUAAGAAAAGCAUUGAAUGGAAGCAUAUAAUAUCUAAACAGGAAAUCGAAUAUUUAACUAAAAGUUUGCCGUCAGAUAUCUCUAUGUCAAAAGAGGUAUUCCAAGAAUCAAUGAAAACAAUAAUAAGGGAUUUAACUAAUAAGCAACUUGAAAAAAUGUAUGAUGUAGUACAAAAAGACGAUAAAGGAUAUGUUACCAAGCUCUCAGUAGAACACUACUUACAUAAGAAAAGCAUUGAAUGGAAGUAUAUACCAUCUAAACAGGAAAUCGAAUAUUUAACUAAAGAUUUGCCGUCGGUUGCGUGUUUGACAAAAUCGCGAUUUAAAGACGAAAUAAAAAAAGAUGAGAUAUUGGAAGAAAUUUAUGCUGGCGCCCAAAGUUAUUUGGCUAAUGAUUUGAAACCCCUUUCUGAAUGGCUCAAAAGUGGAACGUUUUAUAGGUCUACCAUAAUACAAGGUGUGUUGGACUACAUAAAUAAAGAAGAACUAGCGAGCGAACAUAAAAGUAAACUAAGUUCCAUAACCAAUGAACAACUAAUGGAUGUAACAGAAACAUUGCCGGAGGAUAUUCGUAUGUCAAAAAAGGAAUUAAAAGAAUUAAUAAAAAAACCAAAAUUUACUGAUGCGCAAUUAAACGAUAUUUAUGAUGCGGUACUAAAAGAUGCUAAGUCUUCAUAUCCAGUUAAAGUUUGCAUAAUUGAGAAAUUCGAAGAUAGAAAACAUGUACUACUUGAAAGCCAUUUGACAUGUAGCCAAUUUCCGGAUAUUCGUUUGCCAAAAGAGGAAUUCGAAAAAUCAAUGAGAUUAAACAAAUUUGAUUUACCUGAUAUGAUAUUGGACGAAAUUUAUUAUACGUUACAAAAAGAUGCUGCCGAAAAUUUAGUUUGUCAAUUGUACAUAACUGAAAGAAACCUUGCACAAAAUAAAGUUCCAAAAAUAGAUAUCGGGUUUAAAACUGAAAAAAUUCCGAAUAUCUCUAUGUCAGAACAGAAAUUUCAAGAAACAAUGAAAACAAUAAUAAGGGAUUUAACUGAUAAGCAACUUAAAACACUUUAUGAAGUAGUACAAAAAGACGAUAAAGGAUAUGUUACCAAGCUCUCAGUAGAAGACUACUUACGUAAGAAAAGCAUUGGAUCGAAGCAUAUACUAUCUGAACGUGAAAUCGAAUAUGUAACUAAAAAAUUGCCGUCGGAUAUUCGUAUGUCAAAAGUGGAAUUUAAAGAAAUCGUGAAUAAACAAUCUUUCAAAUUUACUGAUGUGCAAUUGGACUUCGUUUAUAAUGCUACCAAAAGACAUGUUGACGAAUUAUAUAAAGCUGCCAACGAAUACGGUGAAAAAGUGGACAGAGAUUACAUAGAACGCUACUUGGCCGACAACUUAUCCAAAUACAAUGGACUAACCAUUUAUAGGGUGCAGGAUGUAGUAAAUGACUUGCCGCCAGCUAAACAUUUGAUGUCGAUAAGUGAAUUUAUAGAUAAAUUUGAUUAUGGUUUGUUCACUUCACGAGGAUAAUGGACGCUACAACAGCAUCCUUUGGCGUAUUUAAAAUUGUUCCGUUAUAUGGC